AUGACAAAUUCCAAAGGUGUUUGUGGUAUCGAUCCUUGGGGACCGUGGGAAGAAAAUGAGUUUACAAACUGCUUUAGAGAAGUUGUAAUCGACGCCGGGAUUCCGUUAUUAUAUUCUAUCGGCUCAUUGUGCAUUCUUAUAAGCACUCGCAUUCGUCAAAAGCGAAAAAAUUAUGAGCGAUUACUUGAUGACAGAUUAAAUCAAAAUUAUGGAUCGAUUGAGCAAACAGUUGUGUUGAGUGAUGAUGAAUCAGAUGCCGACAAUGUUCCAGAUAUAAUCCUCGUUCCUAAUGGAAAUAAGAUUUUUGAUUACACUCGAUUGUUGGUUAAUUUGACCUUGUGGGGUUUAUUUGGCCUUCUGGCUUUAGUGAGACGGAAAAAUCAUGAUGAGGAAAAACAUGGAGAUUACUGGCUUAUCACUCCUGUCAUAGAGGCCGCGGUUUGGAUGUACGCAACCGUUUUAGCCUUGAUUAACCUUACGUCACGACAACGCAAUAUAUUACAUAUCCGUGGACACUUGGAUAUAUUAAACUUCCUCACCUUUAUCUCUUCCUUGUUCAAUCUUUAUUCCUUCUAUUUAAACCCCCAAGCAGAGAAUACAUUCGUCUUAUGGAUCCUAGCCUUAUCAUCCGUAUUGGUUGCCAUCACUAUCUUGGAGCCUCCAGAUGUUCUGGAUGAUAGUUAUUCAAAACCUAAUGCUGAGGGUCGAUUCCGAUCACCCGAAUUGAAAGCCUCAAUUUAUGAACAAUUUAUGUUUUCGUGGAUAAACCCAUUGAUCAACAAAGGAUUCCGUCAAACUCUUACCCAAAAAGAUGUCUAUGAACUUCCUUCUUUUAACCAAGCAAAAAAUAUCCUAAAAGUUUUUCACAGGGUUCGGCGGCCUUCUUUCCUUAAAUCAUUAUUUUGCUCAUUUCGGACAGAAUUAACCAUUCAGUUAAUUUACUCCGUUGUGUGGUCAAUCUUAAACGCUCUCGCUCCACCAUACUUUCUCGAGCAAAUAUUGCGAUACGUGCAAAAUUACCCAAAUAAUAAAGUGUCUCAAACGACUGCAUAUUUAUAUGUAGUUGGAUUAUUCCUGGGAACAGUGAUGCAGAGUUUUUGUUUUCAACAGUCAUUACACAUUGGUCGACAAAUUUGUAUCAAAAUUAAGGCAGUAAUCAUUGGCGAGGUAUAUCUUAAAUCUUUAUCUAGAAAGGACACCUCUGGUGUCACUGAUGACGAAGAAUCUAAAAAUAAAACCGGAAAGAUAACCAAUCUUAUGGCUGUUGAUGCGCUAAAAGUUUCUGAAAUAGCAGCAUAUUUUUUCUAUUUGUAUAGCUUUCCUAUACAGAUCACCAUUUCCAUGGUGUACUUAUACUCAUUGCUUGGAGUUUCUGCAUUUGCUGGUGUGCUCACAAUAAUGGUUACUUAUCCCCUGCCUUCCUUUAUCAACCAACGUUUUGAAGUUAUCCAUAAACGUCUUAUGACGGCGACAGAUAAACGUAUGGGAGUGAUGAAUGAGCUGCUUCAAGCCAUUAGAAUCAUAAAAUUCUUUGCAUGGGAAAAGCAAUUUCGUGAUAAAGUUAUGAGCGCACGAGAUAAUGAACUUAAAGAAAUUAAAAAUCGGUUAAUGCAAUGGGUUUAUUUGGAAUCUGUUUGGAUCUCGUUACCACUUCUUAUAAUGUUGUCCGUUUUUAUGACGUACACCAAAUUUUUGGGCAAUGAAUUGAGCGCACCUAUUGCUUUCACAGCUCUUGCAUUAUUCAGUAAUAUUCAGCAUGCAGUUGAUGAAUUUCCUGCUACUGUUAUCGCAAUUAUUCAAGCGCGCGUUUCAAUUAAUCGUAUUGAGGAGUUUUUGAGCGAACCAGAAGUAUCACGUCAGAAUUUUUCUUCCCCAGGCAUUAACGAUCCAACUAUAGGGUUCAGAGAUGCAUCUUUUCAAUGGCCAAUUGGAAAAAAAAAAUCAUCGGAAGAUCUUCCAAAGCCGACUGAUGCACCCACUGUGGAUCCAUCGAAUAGAUUCACUCUGCAGAAUUUGAAUACUGAUUUUCCAGUAGGAGAGUUAUCAAUAAUUUGUGGUCCCACAGGUUGUGGUAAGACAAGUUUAUUGAUGGCUUUACUGGGUGAACUGGAAUGUCUAGGUGGCCGUAUCUUUUUGCCAAGAAAUACUGCAGAUUCCUCCAAAGGUUUAGGAGGUGCACCAAGCGGCAUUGCUUAUGUUGCUCAAACGGCUUGGCUUCAAAACGCCACUAUUCAAGAUAAUAUUCUCUUUGGCCUCCCUUAUAAUGAGGAAACUUAUAACACGGUGUUAAAAAUCUGUGCUCUUAACAGAGAUCUGGAAAUUUUUGAGUUUGGUGAUAAGACUGAGAUUGGUGAAAAGGGUAUAACCCUUUCUGGUGGACAGAAGCAACGUAUAGCUUUGGCCAGAGCUGUCUAUUCUCAAGCAAAAAUUAUUUUAUUGGAUGAUUGUUUAUCUGCUGUCGACGCUCAUACCUCCAAACAUAUCUAUGAGCAAUGUUUGAUGGGUGACUUAAUGAAAAAUCGAACCCGUAUCCUCGUUACACAUCAUGUGGGACUUUGCCUACGUGGAGCAGCUAAAGUGAUAGUGAUAAAAGACGGUCAAGUGAUCGGUGAAGGCUCUGCUGAUAAAGUACUGAAAGACGGACUUUUAGGAGAUAUCACACAAGAGGAAGAAAAGGCCACUGUAGAAGAUGUCACUGAUGAAGUAAGCGAAACCCAACCACAAAAGAAAAUUAUGCGCGAAGGUGAUGGAAAAUUGAUACAAGAGGAAUCUAAAGCUGAGGGAUCCGUUGAAUGGAAAAUUUACAAGGUCUACUUUAAAGCAUCUGGUGGAUUAUUGUUUUGGAUGGUGGUAGCCUUUGUGUUUCUCCUGACACAAGCGCUGGAAGUUGGUCGAGACUGGUGGAUUCGAGAAUGGACCAAAGCUUACACUGAUAUUAGUGGUCAUAUUUCUGUGUUCAUUUCAAAAAUUUCUUCAUCCAUUAUUGCCUCUUGGGGAAUCACUUCUAUUAUACCCGAUAGUUAUCUUACAGGAAAUAUUUUAGCAUUGCCAUCUUCCGAUUACAAUCAUAUGGUUCUUAAUACGGAAUCAGAUAAACAGCAAGUCAAUGUGGAUUAUUAUAUCUUCGUUUACGUUUUGAUUGGCCUUUGUGCUACGACAGUAGCAUCAUUUAGGUCAUAUUAUGUGUUUACGGGUUCGUUAGUAGCGUCCAGGAAUUUACAUGGUGAUAUGUUGGAGAAAAUUUUGUAUGCAAAAUUUAGAUUUUUUGAUACUACACCUAUAGGAAGAAUCAUGAAUCGUUUUUCUAAAGAUAUGGAGACGAUUGAUCAAGAGUUAUCCCCUGUAAUAGUGUUCCUUCUUUAUUCUUGUAUCGCUACAGCAUCUGUGAUAUUCGUUAUUUCCUGCGUGAUACCGCAAUUCUUGAUAGCCGGCGCUUUUAUUGCAGCUAUCUAUGUAGUAAUUGGUGCUUUUUACAUUGCUACUUCUCGAGACCUCAAACGACUGGAAUCCGUUAAUAGAUCACCAAUAUAUGCUGCAUUUGGCGAGACAAUUAUCGGUGUAUCUACCAUUCGAGCAUUCGGAGCAGAAAAAAGAUUAAUCAAGAAAAUGUUGAAUCUAGUAGAUGGAAAUAACAGACCAUUCAUUUUCAAUUGGUCGUGUAAUCGUUGGCUUCAUAUUCGUGUUGAUAUUGCUGGUGGGCUUGUAAGUUUAGCCACAGGUGUUAUAAUUAUUUACAGCCUUUCAAAUGGGAUGGAUCCAGGCUUGGCAGGUUUCACGCUUACAUAUGCCUUGAAUUUCACUGGGCAUGUAGUAUGGGUGAUUCGCAUGUAUGCCUUGCAAGAGCUGAAUAUGAAUGCAGGCAUGGGUUUAUUAAGAGUUCACGAGUACUUGGAAUUGGAGGAAGAACCGCCAAGAAUUAUUGAUGACCAUAGACCACCUUCUGAUUGGCCAUCAAAAGGCGAUAUUCAAGUGAAAAAUCUUGUGAUGCAGUAUACUCCGGAGAGUCCUGCAGUGUUAAUAAAUGUCUCAUUUAAUGUUCGCCCUUCAGAAAAGAUUGGAAUCGUUGGAAGAACUGGAUCCGGGAAAUCUACAUUAGCCAUGUCAUUCUUUAGGUUCAUUGAAGCAACUUCCGGUCAAAUUAUCAUUGAUGACGUAGAUAUCUCAAAAAUUGGUCUUUUUGAUUUAAGAAGUAAACUUACCAUAAUCCCUCAAGACCCUGUGCUCUUUAGUGGAACCUUAAGGAGUAACUUGGAUCUAUUUGGAGAAUUUGAUGAUGAUGCAUUAUGGAAUGCAAUUCGAAGGGCUCACUUAGUUGAGGAUGAUUCCUCGAAGAAUAAUGAUUCUAGUAGCAGUCAAUCACCAACUGAAAAUUCGCAAAAUAAAAUUACAUGGAGCUUAGAUUCACCCGUUAGUGAAAAUGGUAGUAAUUUUUCUCAAGGUCAAAGACAGCUAAUUGCACUCGCAAGAGCAUUAGUACGUAGAUCUAAAGUGAUUAUAAUGGAUGAGGCAACAGCAAGUGUUGAUUUUAAAACGGAUCGGAUGAUUCAAGAAACGAUACGUCAAGAAUUUGGUUAUGCUACCUUGUUGUGUAUCGCACAUCAUGCUGGAAAGGUGGUCGAAUUUGAUCAUCCAUAUACACUUUUAACAAAUACGGAUUCUAUAUUCCGAGAAAUGUGUGAACGUACUGGUGAAUUUGGAGAAUUGUUGGAAAUUGCAAAGGCGAGAAGCGAGCAGGGAGAUAGAAA